ACGUUACGACCCCCGCAGCCCUCCCCCAACAUUUGGAACUAAAUGUUCUGGACGCUGGGGCAGUGGAGUACCCCUUUAAACCAUGGAGGAUUUUCCGAAGCAGACCCCAUUCAAGUCAAGGUAGAGUGUCAUCCCUGGAUUUGGGAUAAGGGCCAUGGUGAAUAUUUUAAUAGAACCAGACAUGAAGAAGCAUGGCAUGAGAUUGCAGUAGCCUUAUUUGACAACUUUGAUCAAAUGUCUUCUUCAAUUCAGAAUGAGAUUUUAAAGGACAUCAGAAACCAAUGGAAAUCUGCAAGCGACUAUUUUGUUAAGGGUAUCAAGAAAGCAGAAAAAAGUGGGUCAGCUGGUGGCAAAAGGAAAAAAAUACCCUAUGAGGACCAACUUCAAUUUUUACGCCCUAACAGAGUUCUCAGACCAACUUCAGGCAACUUUCAGGCACCAUCUAAUACACAACAAGAUGCAGAUGAAGAGCCAAGGUCGGAGCCAGUACGUUCAGACACACCUUUGGAAUCUGAAGCACCAGGCCCAUCCAAUCCGUUGGAAGAUUUUGACCAACAUCUGGAUGUAGAGGAGGAUGUGUCUAACCUUAGCACUGAUCAGCCCCCCAGCAGCACACCUACACCAGCUGCUGGUGAGAUUGAAGAGAUGGAAGAAGCCACUAACAUACCUUCUUCACAAACAACGACAAGACCUCCCACUGCUUGA